GCGCGUUAUGUGGCACCACUCACAUCUGGAACUCAGAAGGGGACUCAAGUGCGCCAGCGACGUCAAGGAAAUUAUCGAUUUUCGCAUGUGAAGUGAAAAAAUUGACUGCGCUGGCGAAAAACUCUAAAGUUAACCCGUAACAGAGUGAAAUCCAAGCGAAAAUCCGAUCAAAUCGAGCCAAUUGAGAGCCCCGGCCAGCCUGUAGUUGUGGGCGUGGCAGCUGGGCGAAGGCCUGGUCAGAAGACGAGAUGGCUGACAGCGAAUUCGAGGAGUUCCACAGGCCCAUAUUUGAGCCACAUACACAUACGAUUGCUGGAUUCGCAACUGGAGCAGCCAGCAAGAAGAACAAUUCCCAUGCAUUUUACUCUCUAAUUCCCAACGAUGAGCUGGAGGACUCGCACUCCUCGAAGAGCGACGGCGACGGCUCCGACCAGGAGGACGGCAUUGGCCUGGUGGACCACGAGCCCAAGAUGCGUCAGGUGGAGGACGACGAGCUGGGCGAUGGCCUCAAGGUCACCUUGUCCUCGGACGGAUCGCUGGACACCAACGACUCCUUCAACUCGCACCGACAUCAUCCGUUGAACCACCAGGAUGCCAUCGGCGGCUUCCUGGGCAUGGACACCAGUGGGCUGGGUACUGGCAACAAUGCUCCGGUUACCAUCGGAGCCAGCACAGAUCUCCUGGCACCGAAUUCAGCUGCCACGCGUCGUCGUCGCAAGUUGCCCGAAAUACCCAAGAAUAAGAAAUCUUCCAUUCUGCAUCUUCUAGGUGGCUCCAACUUCGGCUCCCUGGCAGAUGAGUUCCGCAACGGGGGCGGCAUGGGCGGAGUGCCACCAGCAGGGCGAGGGGGCGGCCAACAGCGCUCGUUUCUGUCGCUCAAGUGCGGCUACUUGAUGGACGAGGACUCCAGCCCGGACUCGGAGCGGAUGCAGAGCCUCGGCGACGUGGACAGUGGCCACAGCACGGCGCACUCGCCCAACGACUUCAAGAGCAUGUCGCCCCAAAUCACGUCUCCCGUUUCGCAGUCCCCCUUCCCGCCACCCUUCGGGGGCGUGCCCUUCGGCCAGCUGGAGAUGCUGGAGGCCACGCACCGCGGCCUGCACAAGUUCGUGCCGCGCCACCACGACGAGAUCGAGCUGGAGAUCGGCGACGCCAUCUACGUGCAGAAGGAGGCCGAGGACCUCUGGUGCGAGGGCGUCAAUCUGCGCACCGGCCGCCAGGGCAUCUUCCCCUCGGCCUACGCCGUCGACCUGGACUACAACGAGUUCGAUCCCACGGUGCAGCUGGUGAAGAAGGAGCGCUACCUGCUCGGCUACCUCGGUUCGGUGGAGACGCUGGCCCACAAGGGCACCGGCGUCGUCUGCCAGGCGGUGCGCAAGAUCGUCGGCGAGUACGGCAACUCGCCCACCGGACAGACCUGCAUCCUGGAGGUCUCCGACCAGGGACUGCGCAUGGUGGACCGAUCGGGCCCGAAUCAAAACAAAAAGGACAAGAAACCUUGCAUCGACUACUUCUACUCCCUGAAGAACGUCUCCUUCUGCGCGUUUCACCCUCGCGAUCACCGCUUCAUUGGCUUCAUAACCAAACACCCCACGGUUCAGCGGUUCGCCUGUCACGUCUUCAAGGGCUCCGAGUCCACCAGACCCGUGGCCGAGGCAGUGGGUCGUGCUUUCCAGCGAUUCUAUCAGAAAUUCAUUGAAACCGCUUAUCCCAUCGAGGACAUCUACAUUGAGUAGGCUUGCAAGGGAGGUUUGUGCUUAGGCAAAGAAUUCAUUAACCAAUACGAUAUAUUUUUUGUGCGGUUAUUACGAAUAAAAACGAAACGAUAAUUCUCAAGAAAUAUUUGCUCUUCUUCAAAGAGAAUCUCAAAUAAAUUCAAUAAGCUCGCAAUAGAAACCCUAGCUAUAGAGUAUUAUGAUUUAUCCGUUCCUAAAGUUGUGCAAGAUCUUAGACAUGUAAAUAGUUAACUUUGGUUCAAACUCCCACUUGACACUAAAGCUUCAAGCAAUCAGCAAUAGAUGCCCUUUGUAGGAACACCCUUUAUACACCAGUACAUAGCAUAUAGACAAAUGCACAACCAGUAACACACGAUAAUUUGAAUUCCUCUCAAGAGCCCCAAUUUUGUAUCGGAAGGAAAGUAGCUCGGUUGGGUUUAUUGUAAAGCCGAAUUGUUUAGUUUAGAUUGGAUCCCAAUAUCCAACUCCAGAUCCUGGCAAAGCACAAAACAGAGUGAGGCCAAAGUAAUUUAGAGAUAUUCGUGUGACCUUAGUUCAGUUAUGUGAAACCUUCAGUUACGAGACUCAACAAUAUCGAACACCAGCUGCUACAUUUCGAAGUAUUCUCAAUAAAAGCCCAGUUCUAAGAUGUGUAAACCUAUAAAGUUGUAUACAAACAGACGAAUAUAUACUGUAUAUGUAUACAAAAGAAAUAUAUAUAUAUAUAAAGAAAGCAAAAAAACAAAAUU